CAAACGGAAUUGAUGAAGCCCUUAGAGGUGUGAUGCGUCUUGCCCCGCAGCCCAGCGCGCAAUCCUUGCGGCUCAUCAUUCUGCUGAUCCUCGUCAUGGGGGUGGCCCCGUCCCCGGCUCUGACGGCGGGAUGCCCGGCCCGCUGCGUGUGCGAUGACCAGCUGGUGGUCCAGUGCGCCGGGCAACACCUCACCACCUUCCCCACCGAAAUGCCGCUGGCCACGCGGCAGCUCAUCAUCUCCAACAACCGUAUCAUGGAGCUUCCGCCGCUUCAGCUCAACUACCUGUCGGACUUGGUGUAUUUGGACUGUAGUAACAAUUCACUGACGGAGAUUUCGGAGUCCACAUUCGGGAACCUGCGGAAGCUUGCUUACCUGGACUUGUCCUUCAACACCUUGACGCGGAUAGAGGACAGGACGUUCGGGCCGCUGUCCAGCCUCGUGAUGCUGAGGAUGACUGACAACCCCGGCCUGUCGGACAUUCACCCAGACGGUUUCGCGGAGAACUCGGCGCUGCAGGUGCUGGACGUGAGCCGAAACAACCUGACGGUGCUCAACAUCAGCUCUCUCAUCGGGCUGCCAACCCUGCGCUCUGUCGGCCUCAGCGGGAACCCCUGGAGCUGCGACUGCGACAAUGAAGACCUCUGUCUUUGGGUCCACAUUGAGGGAUUCAAGUUUCAAGGUAAAACUGUAUGCGCCUUCAGAGAGAAAUACAAAUCCAUAUAGAAUGUUAUAGUUCCAUAUUCUAUUCUAUUCUUUGUGGUUUAAAUUUUCUGGUUUUGGCUUAUAAUCGUUCUCAUUUGUGUGAGAUUAUGUGCAGUCCCAUAAUAGGAUACACACUGUAAAAAAAAGUAUCUAGUUGAUUCAACUAAUAAUUAUUUAGUAACUGGUUCCACAGCCUUUUUUUGUUUACUCAACUUUUCAGUCAACAUGUUACCUGCUGGUAACAUUUUUAGUUAGCCCAAACUUAGCUCCAACUUGAGAAAACAUAAGCCUACACCAAAAUUAGGUUAGGAACACUCACAGUGAUUUUAACAUACAAUGUUUUCAAUUUACAUAUUUGACAUUGUACAUGUUUAUUUGUAGGGUCCUUUCCUGGGAUUUGAUCUCACAACCUCUUGGUACACAGCAUGUCAAUCGUCCUGCUACCCUACCAUGUCUGUGUCAGUUAUCAGUUAAUCUGACUAUUCUCUCAUCAUUGAUUUGAUUUACUUAUUUACUUAUUUUAGAGUUUUCUGUUUUAAUGUUACUCCUUAAUUAAUAAAAUAAAAUAGUUUUUCUUGAGUGUACUUUUAACAGAAUUGAGAUUUAGUGUAAAGUGAAAAUUGUAGGAAUACUGGUGAAAUCAAUCAUUGACACAGACAUGGUGGUGUAGCAGGAAGAUAGGAAUGCUUUGAACCAAGAGGUUGUGAGUUCAUAUCCCAGGAUAGAACAUAUUGAAUAGUAAUUACUGUAUAAAUGAACGUGAACAUGUAUGUUAAAAGCCUCCCGAGUGGUGCUAGCUGUGCCACUAGAGAUCCUGGUUCGAAUCCAGGCUCUGUCGUAGCCGGCCGCGACCGGGAGACCGAUGUGGCGGCGCACAAUUGGCCUAGCGUCAUCCAGUGUAGGGGAGGGAAUGGCCGGCAGGGAUGUAGCUCAGUUGGUAGAGCAUGGCGUUUGCAACGCCAGGGUUGUGGGUUCGAUUCCCACGGGGGGCCAGUAUGAAAAAUAAAACAAUGUAUGCACUCACUAACUGUAAGUCGCUCUGGAUAAGAGCGUCUGCUAAAUGACUAAAAUGUAAUGUAAAUGUAAAAGCACUAUUUGAAUGUGUGAGUGUCCCUAAACAGUUUUCUGAAGUUGUAGCUAAAUUUGUGCCAACUAAACAUUUGAAGUUCAGGUAACAGUUUGACUGAAAUGUUGAGUAAACUAAAAGUGUACUACUGUACUGUGAUUAUAUUCUGUGAUAUGCUGUACUAAUACCAACAUCAUACACAUUGAUAUAAAAUAUGGAUGGACUAAGCCAGUGUGAGGGGCUGGACCAAUAGUAGGAGAGGACAGCCAUUCUCUCCAGCUCUGCAUUUCCCAGGCCUCUCUGAAGGAAUGUUUCCAUGUUCACACUCUCCUGAAAUGCUCACUGAAAGCAUUUCACUUUCAUAACCACAUGCUGUGUUUUAAGCUCCAAGCUCAGUCUCUUUGAUCGUCGCUAUCAGCCGUCUGGAUCUCACCUGUUCUGAGAGGCACUGUCUGCCGUCGUCUCAGCAGCUUAGAAAAUCUCUGGUUCUUCAGAGGGUUCUUCUUCAGCACGCUGCGCCUGAUCUUCUUGUUUGGUGCACAAAGUGCAUUCUUGAUCUCCUCACUACGUGUUUCAUUAUGAGUUCAUGAAUGAGGUCUACUACACCUCAACAGUAAGACAUUUAAGACUGUUAUAAAUCUUAGGGUCAUGUAUAGAAAUGUCCAGUUGCUCAUUAUUUUGGCUACCAUGGUUAGAAACAUUUAUCUCAGUGAGUUUGAAAGAGGUGUCUUAAAGGAGCAUAGGAGGUUUAAAGUGUGUGUGUGUGUCUCAGUCACCAGAUCUCAACACAAUUGAACACUUAUGGGAGAUUCUGGAGCGGCGCCUGAGACAGCUUUUUCCACCACCAUCAACAAAACACCAAAUGAUGGAAUUUCUUGAGGAAGAAUGGUGUCGCAUCCCUCCAGUAGAGUUUAUAGACACUUGUAGAGUCUAUGCCAAGGCACAUUGAAGCUGUUCUGACAGUUCGUGGUGGACCAACACCCUAUUAAGACACUUUAUGUUGGUGUUUCCUUUGUUUUGGCAGUUACCUGUAUUACUUUACUGUAUAUAUUUCCUGCACGGUUGCCUGCAUCACGGGGCCUAGGAUAAGUCUUGAAACAGGUGACAGUGGAGGCUAAACCUAACAGCAAUUGAAGACAAUCAAAUAACACACGACUGAAAUGAGACACGUACUGAGGAACCUUUUCUUAUUCCUUUAUUCACUCAUGCAAUUAAGGCCUAAUCCCAAAACCCACAGUGUCUAGACGUGAAAUGACCAGUGAAUCCACCUGCACAUGCCCCACCAACCGGAAACACUUUAUUCAACAAACUACACUGAGUAUACAAAACAAUAAGAACACUUACUCUUUCCAAGACAUAGACUGACCAGGUGAAUCCAGGUGAAAGCUAUGAUCCCUUAUUGAUGUCACCUGUUAUAUCCACUUCAAUCAGUGUAGUUGGUAGGGGAGGUGACAGGUAAAAUACGUUUUUUAAAGCCUGGAGACAAUUGAGGCAUGGAUUGUGUAUGUGUGCCAUUCAGAGGGUGAAUGGGUAAGACAAAAGAUUGAAGUGCCUUUGAACGGUGUCUGGUACUAGGUGCCAGGCACACCGGUUUGUGUCAAGAAUUGCAAUGUUGCUGGGUUUUUCACGCUCAACAGUUUCCCGUGUGUAUCAAGAAUGGUUCACCACCCAAAGGACAUCCAGCCAACUUCACACAACUAUGGGAAGCAUUGGAGUCAACAUGGGCCAGCAUCCCUGUGGAACGCUUUCGAAACCUUGUAGAGUCCAUGCCCCGACGAAUUGAGGCUGUUCUGAGGGCAAAAGGUGGGAGGGAGGUGCAACUCAAUAUUAUGAAGUGUUCUUAAUGUUUGGUAUACUCAGUGUAUAUGUCUAUAUGUAAUGAAUGUGGCUCAGGGAACCACGUUCAUGUGAUCAGUAACCAUGCCUUAGACCUGAAGACUUCAGUUAGUGCCUUAGGCCUUUAGCUCAGUGGACUAACAAUCGUGUUGUGCACAAUAGACUUGGGUUCAAAUCCAGUCGGUUACACUAUGCAGCAAAAUUAGUUUUGAAUAAGGAUUGAUUAUUUUUCUGUUGUAUUCUUGUGUCUUGACAGAUGAAUGUACUGAAUAUCAGAUUUAUGCUUUGUUCAGUUUGGAGUGAAGUCUUCCCUGAUUUUUUGGGAUGUGUCAAUACACAAAAGGGUAGCUAUUUAUAGUGCAUCUCGCUGAGCAAGAGCCAGUCACACCAUGAUACACUUACUAACAAGCAUCCCCUGCCAAACGCGCACACACACCAGCUCAUCAUCCUCUCCCCUGCAGCUCAGGCAGAAUCCUAAACUAGUCCUGUAAACUAUUCCUGCUGUUUUACUUUCCUGCUGCUUAUUGCCUUUGUCUGCUUUCAUUUGGAGCGGAGUCCUUUCCAGUGACAGCUGCCAGAAAGGGAGAACACACACAUUCACGCACACACGGGACUCACUCAGACGGGGGUACUGUAUAAAGCAAAAGGACAGAAGGUGUAUAGAGAUGCUUUGUUUUUGAUCGUCACUAUCAGCCGUCUGGAUCUCACCUGUUCUGAGAGGCACCGUCUGUUUUUUGUUGUCUCAGCAGAAAUAGAAAUAGAAUAAAAAUAAAUAAAGAAUUUUAAAAAUAAUAGAAAUAAUGCAUUGAUAGAAGGAAGAAGGGAAGAAAAACUCACAGAAGGAACUAACAGAUUCUCCACUGCUGUCUCGCCUCCUAAAGAUUAGCAUGCUGUCUGUAGUUAGUAGUUAUAUACGGAGACACGCUAGAAAUAGCAUGGUGUGCGGACGGGACGGGGAGAGGAAGCCUCUCCUUUGAUGUCGGCCACUAACGGGGGUGACAGGGAGGCCCGGGGGCUUCCAUGCCUUGGAGAGAGAAUGAACUCUAGCUAAGUAGAGGAAGCGAAGUGGAAGGAGUACUUAGUAUUCACUGGAAAGAGGAGGGUAGUGUGUUAUUAUUGUUAUUAUUAUUGAAAGGAGUGCUACUGUAGUGGUGUCAGGAGUUCUGAGGCUAGCUAGAUCAGAGGACUGUUCAAGUGUAGUGUGGUGUGUGUGCAUGUGUGUGUGUUCAUGUGUGUGUCACACAUCUGUGCUGCUAAAUUCGUUUCCAAACUCUCAGGGCAUCUGAAGACAAAAUGGUAUGUCUUUGGAGACAACAGGAGAUCUAGGCCUGUCUCUGUUGUUGUCCCUAACUCUAUUGCUAGUGAUGUACGCGCUUAUUUACUGGGUUAUGCAUCUCCACUGCCUUUAUUUAAAUAAUCAAAGACAGAGAGCAAAGGGUCAGUUGUGAUGUAGGCUAAGACAAAUCAAGAAUACAUUGUGUGAUUUUCUACAAUGGAACACUAGUUAAGUAUUCAUUUGAUGUAAAUCAUGAUAUAUUAUGGCCCUUCCCUUGUGCUAUUAUAGUUUGGUACACUACCGGUCAAAAGUUUUAGAACAGCUACUCAUUCAAGGGUUUUUCUUUAUUUUUACUGUUUUCUACAUAUUAGAAUAAUAGUGAAAACAUCAAAACUAUGAAAUAACACAGAUGGAAUCAUGUAGUAACCAAAAAAGUGUUAAACAAAUCUAAAUAUAUUUGAGAUUUGAGAUUCUUCAAAUAGCUACCCUUUGCCUUGAUGACAGCUUUGCACACUCUUGGCAUUCUCUCAACCAGCUUCAUGAGGUAGUCACCUGGAAUGCAUUUCAAUUAACAGGUGUGCCUUGUUAAUAGUUAAUUUGUGGAAUUUCUUUCCUUCUUAAUGCAUUUGAGCCAAUCAGUUGUGUUGUGACAAGGUAGGGGUGGUAUACAGAAGAUAGCCCUAUUUGGUAAAAGACCAAGUCCAUAUUAUGGCAAGAACAGCUCAAAUAAGCAAAUAGAAACGACAGUCCAUCAUUACUUUAAGACAAGAACUUUGAAAGUUUCUUCAAGUUCAGUCGCAAAAACCAUCAAGCGCUAUGAUGAAACUGGCUCUCAGGAGGACCGCCACAGGAAUGGAAGACCCAGAGUUACCUCUUCUGCAGAGGAUAAGUUCAUUAGAGCUACCAGCCUCAGAAAUUGCAGCCCAAAUAAAUGCUUCACAGAGUUCAAGUAACAGACACAUCUCAACAUCAACUGUUCAGAGAAGACUGUGAAUCAGGACUUCAUGGUCAAAUUGCUGCAAAGAAACCACUACUGAAGGACACCAAUAAUAAGAAGAGACUUGCUUGGGCCAGGAAACACAAGCAAUGGACAUUAGUCCGGUGGAAAUGUGUCCUUUGGUCUGGAGUCCAAAUUUGAGAUUUUUGGUUCCAACCGCUGUGUCUUUGUGAGACACGGUGUGGGUGAACGGAUGAUCUCCGCAUGUGUAUUUCCCACCGUAAAGCAUGGUCUAGGAGGUGUUAUGGUGUGGGGAUGCUUUGCUGGUGACACUGUCUGUGAUUUAUUUAGAAUUCACUUAACCAGCAUGGCUACCACAGCAUUCUGCAGCGAUACACCAUCCCAUCUGGUUUGGUCUUAGUGGGACUAUCAUUUGUUUUUUAACAGGACAAUGACCCAACACACCUCCAGUCUGUGUAAGGGCUAUUUUACCAAGAAGGAGAGUGAUGGAGGGCUGCAUCAGAUGACCUGGCCUCCACAAUCCCCCAACCUCAACCAAAUUGAGAUGGUUUGGGAUGAGUUGGACCGCAGAGUGAAGGAAAAGCAGCCAACAAGUGCUCAGCAUAUGUGGGAACUCCUUCAAAACUGUUGGAAAAACAUUCCAGGUGAAGCUGGUUGAGAGAAUGCCAAGAGUGUGCAAAGCUGUCAUCAAGGCAAAGGGUGGCUAUUUGAAGAAUCUCAAACAUAAAAUAUAUUUUGAUUUGUUUAACACUUUUUUGGUUACUACAUGAUUCCAUAUGUGUUAUUUCAUAGUUUUGAUGUCUUCACUAUUAUUCUACAAUGUAGAAAAUAGUAAAAAUAAAGAAAAACCCUUGAAUGAGUAGUUGUUCUAAAACCUUUGACCGGUAGUGUACAUAAUUUCAUUCUCUGUAGCUCCACUCAGAUUUUUACUUAAGGAUUUGAAAUGUCUCUAGAGUGAAACUAGCACAACAUAUGUCUCAAUUUCCCCAGAAAGUCCAUCCAUGCACAAUUUAUGGACAAAUAUUGCCUGCACAGAUUCUGUGAUGCAAAAUAAGCAAGUGAAAAGAGUGCAUGAGCAAAGUCUGCUGGAACGAAGCACAGACUACAGAACAGAGCAGAGCACAGCAUGUCAGCCAGGCAGAAAAAGCAAAAGCCCUUUGAUCUCAUCCCGAGAGAUCCCCCAACACAAAAAGCUACGAAAACAAAAGCAAAUUAAAGCGUGUCCUUUGAAAUUCUCCAAUACUCUGGGUAUUGCAAGCAUUUUUCUUCUUCCCAAUAUUGCCCCUAACAAACCAGGACUUUUAGAUGAUACCCAGGCAGCCAUACACACAGUAUUAGCAUCAUUAGAUCGAUAGCAUCUGUUAUUAGACCAACAUACUGUAUCAAACUAUUUACUUCCCAAAACACAUUUAUAGUAGUCUAUCUAAAUUCCUCUUCUCCCACACAGUAUGUGUCACCUGUCAGUCAGGUCUUUGAAGCUACAGAACAGGAAUUCCCUGUUCUGACAUUCAAAACAAACAUCCCUUUUUCUAUUGAGAUUCAUGAAUUCUGAGUGAGUGAGGGGCUUAGUCAUGAUCCAACUAGGAGCCUGCUGGAGCCAUGCAGCUUAGAAGAAGAAAAGCCACGCUAACUGUACCGUAUGAGUCAGACACAAAAGACAGAAUUACCCAGUGAAAUCCAGAAGGGCUGAAAUGUGCUUGAAUUAUUCAAAAGCCUUGAAUUUGGUGUAAUGUAAUAUCAACACAACAAUAACAGGCAGUAGCUCCUAUUCUGUUAUUUUCUGAUAAGGGAAACAAAUCAACGUUUAUUGGUUGCAUACACAGUUUUGCAGAUGUUAUCACAGGGGCAGCGAAAUGCUUAUGUUUCUAUGUCCAACAGUGCAGCAAUAUCUAGCAAUAAAAACUAGUUAGCAGGUACUGUUUUCUUACAUGGUAGUUUGUAUUAUAGCUGCAAAUGGAAAGACAUUUCAGUAGGGAGUGUGUGUGUGUCAUCCAUCUCUCAUGAAGGUUAUGUAAAACUAUAUAAUGUAAUGUGUUUGAAUUAUUCAACAGGCCAGAGAUCUCUAUUUGAUGAAAUAUAAUAUUGAUAUCACUUUCCCUGGGUGGGUAACCUACGUGCUACCCAACACUGGCAACACUUCAAAGAUCAUUUCCAUCAUUAUAUUAUUAUUAUUAUUAUUAUUAUUAUUAUGUGUAUGCAGAGUGCUGACUAAUGCAUCUGAUUUAGAAUAUUUGCCACAUCAGCUUUAUAGAGAAAAAAAAAAUGUAAUCUUAGCAGGCCUAGUCCUAAGAGUCAUGCUCAAGUUAUUGGUUGGGGAAUCGAUAAUAAUAGUAGCAGUAAGUUGUUCUUAUGUUGGUAAUACUGUAUGGGCUCAGUACUAAUUGCAAUGACUACUAGGGCCCGGAGUCUUUCCUGGCCAUGUGACCUGACCAGGAAAAACAGUCUGUACUAGUAUAGCCUAUAACUAGGACCCAGAGUUUUUACUGGUCAGGUGACAUGCUGAAGAAAAACUCAGAGCUCUACUCAUUACAGCUAGUGACAGGCCUUUACUGCUGUGUCACCAAUGCAAGUUCUAGUAUGACUUAUGUAAGUAUUGUAAUUAACCCCCACCUGUGCUGUGUUCUCUCUUCCAGACGAGGGCCAGACGGUGUGCGGUGGUCCUCCUGACCUGCGGGGGCAGCGUCUGGGUGAGCUGGGGAUGCAGCUGCGGUCGCGGUGCCACCAGGGCCUGGGUUCAUGGGACUACCUGUUCUUCAUCGCCAUCGGCUUCGUCAUCUUCGCGGCGGGCACGGUGUCGGCGUGGGCCAUCGGGGUGGUCAUGGUGCUGUACGAACGCUACGUCAAGAAGAAGAGUGAGCAGAUGGACCCCGAGGAUGAGGUGGAGCAGGACGCAGGACCUGGCACGAGGGGCGGGGGUCCUCACCAUGCAAACCCACGUGGCAAUGGAGAUUUGAAAAACACUAGUCACAUGGUGGUGUGACUCCUCCCCGUUGCCUGCCCACCCUCCCUACCGACUGUGCCUCGGAACCCAUAGAACUACAAAACCUGGGAUGUCAUAGGAUGGCAGACAUUAAGAAGAAACUCCAAAGUAGAGCACACUGGGAUUUAUAUUGAUUCCCUUAUAAAAGACAAAUGAGAGACAACAGAGAUGUUCCUGACUGUCAUUGAGAUUGAGAGUUUAAUGGUCAUAGUCAUAUACACUGAGUGUUCAAAACAUUAGGAACACCUUCCUA